GUCAGGGUCGAGCCGUGCCGCGGUAGCUCAACGGCAGCGGCUGUCCCCGCCAGAGGGGCGGGCGAGGAAGCUCCCUCGCCGGGCGCAGCCGAGGUCGCUGGGCUCCGACUCCAGGGCGAGGGCAGCGGCCGGGCGAUGCCCGCGCUUAGGAAGAAUGACUCUGGAGUCCAUCAUGGCGUGCUGCCUGAGCGAGGAAGCCAAGGAAGCCCGGCGGAUCAACGACGAGAUCGAGCGGCAGCUGCGCCGCGACAAGCGGGACGCGCGCCGGGAGCUGAAGCUGCUGCUGCUGGGUACAGGAGAGAGUGGCAAAAGCACAUUUAUCAAGCAGAUGAGAAUCAUUCAUGGAUCAGGUUAUUCUGACGAAGACAAAAGGGGCUUUACAAAACUGGUGUACCAGAAUAUAUUUACAGCAAUGCAGGCCAUGAUCAGAGCCAUGGAUACUCUCAAAAUUCCGUACAAGUAUGAACAUAAUAAGGCUCACGCACAGUUAGUGCGGGAAGUCGAUGUAGAGAAGGUGUCAACUUUUGAGAACCCAUAUGUAGAUGCAAUAAGAAGCUUAUGGAAUGACCCUGGAAUUCAGGAAUGUUAUGACCGACGACGGGAGUAUCAGUUAUCAGAUUCAACUAAAUACUAUCUUAAUGACUUGGACCGCAUAGCAGAUUCCACCUACUUGCCAACUCAGCAAGAUGUGCUUAGAGUUCGAGUUCCAACAACAGGAAUCAUCGAAUAUCCAUUUGACUUACAAAGCGUCAUUUUCAGAAUGGUGGAUGUAGGAGGCCAACGAUCAGAAAGAAGAAAAUGGAUACAUUGCUUUGAAAAUGUCACAUCUAUCAUGUUCCUAGUAGCUCUUAGUGAGUAUGAUCAAGUGCUUGUGGAAUCAGACAAUGAGAAUCGAAUGGAAGAGAGCAAAGCACUCUUUAGAACAAUUAUCACAUAUCCAUGGUUCCAGAAUUCUUCAGUCAUUUUGUUCUUAAAUAAAAAGGAUCUCUUAGAGGAGAAAAUUAUGUACUCCCAUCUAGUUGAUUAUUUUCCGGAGUAUGAUGGACCGCAGCGGGAUGCACAGGCGGCCCGAGAGUUCAUCCUGAAGAUGUUCGUAGACCUGAAUCCAGACAGUGACAAAAUUAUCUACUCCCACUUCACGUGUGCUACAGACACAGAGAAUAUCCGCUUUGUCUUUGCUGCUGUCAAGGACACAAUCCUACAGUUAAACCUGAAGGAGUACAACCUGGUCUAACUGUGCCUAGGAGGCCCUCCAGAACCAACUUUGUGUGAUUGAAGAUAUACAGGAGGGACUGUAUGAUCUGUGAAAACAAUUUGCAUAAUACUAAUUUAUUGCCGGCCUGGACUCUGUGAAUCUCCACAAAGUUUGUAGUUAAUAUUAUGAUUUCAUUUAAACUACAUGGAGGAAAACAAAAAGAUGCUGAAGUACAUUCACAGCACAUUUCCUCAUUUUUUAGGCAAAACCUUGUGACUCAAUGUAUUUGAAAUUCUCAGUCACACACUUAUAAAGGAUAGCAGAUUUCUGCUAUCAGAGCAAAAUCAAGCUUGUUUACUGUUUCCCUAUCCCUUUCUCUUUCCCUCCUUCUUUUUCUCUUAUCUCUUUUGAAGGUACAAUGGCCUUUUUUUCCCAGUUACAUUCCUGAGUAAAAACAUUUUCUGUUGACUGAUUUGGUCAGGAAAAUAUUGUCAUUAGAAUUGAAUUCAUCAGACCAUUUUAACUUUACAGUAUGUACUUCUCUGAAGGAUCAAAAGAAUGGAUACUGUGAUUUUUAAAUUCUUGACAUGAGUGUUUUCAUUCUGUCUUCUCUUUUGCAAAUAGAAUAUUGAGAUUACAGAGUAGAAUUAGAGUUUUGUAUGAAUACUGAUUAAUUUUCAUUGUUUGGAAAGGUGUGUUGAAGACAGUAAUGAAAUAAUUAAAACACAACUUAGGAUGUAUGUUGAAUAUGAUAGAAUCUCUUUUAAAUUGCCAUGUGCCAUUUUUUUUUCUCCUUUUAUUCACAGAUGCCAAACAGAAAUGUCAUAGACACUACAUUUUCCCCAAUGGCUACAGCCUGAAACAGUGUUCUUUUUUCCUUCUUUAGUUAGAGCUCUUCUUAAGCAUUGGGGUUUGUUUUGUUUUGGUGGUGGUGGUUUUGUUUUUUCUUCAUAGUACAAAAACAAUUUUUAUUGCAUUAAAAUAAUGUUGCCAAAUCUGGCUUUUUAUAAUAUGAAUACUCUUGAAACAUGAGAUACUGAUUGAAAUGCCAAACUGAUGAGUUGGGAACUGACCUGAUUGAGUCAACUGCCAAAUGACAAACAAACAACAUCAGCUCCUAUGUUCCCUUUAUCAGAAAGUGUUCAGUUUUCAAAUACCAAAAACAACUCUGUGCGUGAAUGUGCUACAAGGUGCACCACACGCAUGCAUAUGGUCUGCUAAUUUACAGACAGUUCAAGUCUCUCCUUAUGUCAGACAUGGCAUGAGAUUGUUUUCUGUGAUAAUAUCAAGGCACAUUUAGUUGUACAACAACAAAAAAAAUAUUGAUGGGGGAUCACAUACAGGAACCUUUCUUGAGAAGGUUGCUUGUUAACUCAUUCACAGACAUUUGAUAGGCUUUCAUGCAAAAUAGCCUCUCUCAAUGUUCUUUAGAAAUGAUGUAGUAAUGUAAAUGAUACAGUGAAAAAAAUCAUUCUUGAGAUUUUAAUGUGCAAUUUUUUUAACAACAAAAAUGCAGCACACAUUGUUGAGCCUUUAUUCUGCAGCUUAGGUUGAAAGGUGUUUUUUGACCAGGUGCAUGAUUGCUAGCAAGCUACAGAAGACUCAGAGAUCAGGCAUGUAAUUAGAUUGAUUGUCUGCAUUGCCAAGUAGCACUAGAAUGCACUUAACACAGAAAUUGCUGCCUCGUAGCAGCAGGUGGGAGGUGGGAAAAGGAAUGGCUUAUUAAUUGAUUACCAAAGUUAACAAUAAGUACUAAUGAGACGUUUUUCAUCCUUAACCCUCCCAAGUCCAAAACAACGGUAAUAAGUUUGGUCCCUUGUGAAACACCUUGUAAUUUAAAACUGGUUGUAGGUAUAGUGCAAUUAUGAAUGCUAUAAUCAUUGUACAUACAUCUAUAUAUAUAUAUACAUAUAUAUAUAUAUGGCAGCAUCCAUAUUGGCUUUGUAAUCAUUAAUUUUUGGCAAAUUGAAUGUGCUGUAUUGAUAUGUAUCUAUGUAAUUGUAUUGUAUGUCUUAUAGCUAAUUCACAUUUUAAAUAAUGUUAUUUUAUUUACUUUUUUUAAGAGAGAAGAAUGUAAAUUUUGUCAGUUUAUUUCUGACUAGGGAUUUGUUGUUGUUUUUUAUUUACAAAACAAAACAAAAAAAAAUCUGUAGUACAGAGCGGUACUAGCAUCGUGCUGUAUAAAAUCAUUUGCACAUUCCUGAGUAGAAGUAAAUUGGAGACACCCAGACAGAGGUCAUUCACAUCUGAAUCUGCUUAAAGCUUGACAGGGCUUUGUACAGAUGUGGAAACCAGUUUUGUGAGGAGAACAUAAGGUGUUAUAUCUGGGAUUGGAACAUAAGCUCUUAGUAUUUGACACAUUUGCAUUAGGUUACUUGUACCUUUCUGAGAACCUUUGAUUAGAAAAGUGAAUUUAGAGAUGAUUCAAGCUACUGCACAUAAAUACUUGUGGGUAAAUGCUGUUUCUCUAUUAAAAAAAAUAAUAAUAAUAACCCAAAAAUAACCCAGAACAUGAAAUGAAUUAAACAGUAUUGUAGAAAUUCCAGAAGCUUUAGAUAACAACCAAAAUGUCACUUCAUCAUUCUUAACAACUGUAAGAUGUUAAAGCUUUUUUUAUAGUAAAGCUAAAGCAGAUGGAUGUAGAUUGUAAAAAGUGACACUGACAUUAUUACAUUAUAAAUAGGUGAUCAGAGCAGCUAAGUGUACUGCACAGCAUUAUAGAGUUGGUCCUGGGUAUUGUCAUAAGUGCAACAGAGCUUCUUGUUUUACAGUUCCACAGUUGAUAAUAACACUUCUUUUAACCUGGGAAUGCAUUGGCAAAUGCUAUUGGUGUCUAACUGAGGUUUGAUUUGGUGGUUUUUUGUUUUAUUUUGAUUUUUGUUGUGGAAUAUUAGGCCCGGGAGAAGCACGUGUUGUUCUAAGUUUUGUAUAAAAGUAAAACAGAAGUUUACUCAUGGUUUGUAGUUAUAUUGUGAUUGCAGAAGUUUUAAAGAGUGUGUGCCACUGGUCUUCAUUUCUGGUGUAUUUUAAGUAAGUUAAACCUGUGGCAACGUUUAAAUCAUUUGAGCAUGUUCUGAAAGAAAAAGAAAAAAAAAAAAAAAAAAUAGCAUGCCAGGGCAAGCUUUACACAAAUCACCUAACACAGCAUUGCAGUGUGACAGUUUACAAGAAACUUUUCCUUUUUAAAUGACACAGCUGUUCCCACUUGCAAUAUACUGUUGUUGUUGUUAUUGUGUUGUUGUCGUUGCUGUUGUUUUAACUGGUGAUUUCUACUAUGCCUUAUAGUACUUGAGUCCAGAAGUUUGUGCCUCUAACAUGAAGCAGAAGGCAAAAAUAAGACAGAAACCCUUUUAACUUUGCCAAAAUUAUGUGAUUUCUUUGAAUGUCACAAAUGGGUGAGGAGGGAAGGAAAACGUCUUGGUGACCUGUGUAUUCUAGAUGUUCGCUAGCACAAGAAAGCUGUAAUAUGUGUUUUACAGAAACCUUAAACUUGCCUUGUUCACUAAUUGUCUGGCACUGUCCUUGCAUAUGUAGGAUGAUGCAGCUAUAAGGGCAGUUUACUUUUUAUAACUAUGACUCUUUUGAUUGUCGAGGUGUAUGAACUGUAAUUUUUAAUCUUACUGCCACAUGAUUGUGAAUGAGUUUUUUUAAGUUUGAAAGCGGAGGAGACUUUUAUGCUGGAUAUCAGUCAGAAGUGACUGCGUGAGUUGCAAAUACUUAAAUGGGGGGAAAAGGGCUGCAUAUAAAGACAUUGCUAGGCUCCCAGCCUUUGGUUGUAAGGGUCAAAAGACUUUCAGAUUACUCAACCUAAGGACCCUCUCUUUGUUAUACAUUCUUCACAAAAGAAUGGCAUUUUAGGAGAACACGAGACAUGUUAACCCACAGGAAAAAGUAAAAUUUACCCAAAUUAUUUAUUAUAUGUGCUGCUGUUCUUGAAGCUCUGUGCAUGGUUAUCCUGCAUACUGUAAACUAAUGAAGUGUGCACAGCACAUUAACAAGGCCUACAAAUGACCUACCUCUAGCUAAGAGACCAGUAAAAUAAAUAUGUUUUGAAGAGACCAUCAGAAGAUAGGAAACUAAAAUGGACAUGAUUUAUGUAGUCAACUACUGUAACUUAGAAAUUCACGCUUUUGUAAAUACAGUCCCUCUUUUGACAUAAACCAUACAUUCUAAAACUUAGUAUGCAUUAAACAACUAAAGUCAUCUGUCCUUGUCUAAUUUGUUAGUUUAGUAGAGGUCUUGCAAAACUGUAUGUUUUGUGUUGAGGAGUUACUGGUAUUUCCUCUUUUUUGUCUUAUAUUUACCCAUAACACUUUGAGUUGUAUCAGUCAAAACAGAAACAUUUCCAUGUAAUCAAUAAUCCAGUCAUUAUCUAGUUAAGGGGAUAUUGCUGUAAGUUUCACUCAAGCUUUUUCACAGUAGCCAUGCUGCAGGGAAAAAAAAAAGAAAAAAGAAAAAAAACAAAAAAGAAAAAUUAAAAAAAAAAAAAAAAGGAAUGAAGGGGAAUUUUGAAGACAGUGUAAAAAUACAAGAUAAAUCAGAUCAAUCUUACUGUAAAGCUGUGGGUUUGUUUGGUUUUGUUUGUUUGUUGUUUGUUUUGUUUUUUUUUUUCCUUGAAAUACAGUCUAAGCUGAAGCCUGUUGCUGGUUUCCUCAUUUACCAUGCUGUAGGAAAUCCUUAUUUGACCAAUUUUUUUUAUUAUUAUUAUGGGGUUGGGGGUGGGGAUAUCAGAUACAUUUUUAAACUUGCAGUAUUUAAAAAUAAAGAUCAUAUUUGCUGUUCUUAA